CCGCCCACUCCUCUGUUUCUUCAGUCUUGCCUUCUUGGAAGCAAGCGUCGGAUUCCAAGGAAACUUUUGUCAUUAUAUAAAGCUACACAUAUCCAAUCACAAACCAACAGAGAAAAGGCAAAGCAGAUUGAGCAGAUGCCAAGAAAUUUCCACUUCAAAUUUUACAUCGCACGUUCUGUGUGUGACUUGACCAGCGGACUUUUCCUUGUGUUUCUGCGACCUUGCUUGCUACUUUCCUUUCCUUUCCUUUUGGAGCCGACUAUUCAUUCAACGACUCUAUAUAUAUGUGUAGAUACCUGCUUCUCAAUUCAUCGACUCCUGAAUACAAAACAUUCUUCAAAGAUCAAACAGAGCUUCAUUUUUUUUGUAGGAUAUGACUCUUUGCAGAUUGUACUAUUACAUCUUAUACUACUCUAUUAAGAUAGAGAAAUCAUCACCAAUUUCAAAGCAAUCUGCGUUUCCUAUUCUUGUAUUGCUUGGUAUGUUCUUGUUUCAUAGAAUUAUGAUCUGGGUCAACAGAAUCUGCAGAUUUUUGUCAAGAUUAUGGUCUCAUCUGCUUCUACAAUCCCAACUUGACACAAAGAUCUGGGAAGCAGAGACAAAGAACCCAGAUUUCGAAUUUCCAAUCAAGGGGAAAAACGAGGGAGAAGAUCUUUGCAGAGAAGAUGUGGAAUUGGUGAUGGGAAAGCUAGGAUUUUUUUGCAGCCAAGAAAGUGAGGAGCUUCAGAAGGUUUUGAGUUCCAGGGAACUUUCAGGGGUGUUUGCUGAGAAGGAACCUGGGUUGGAGGAGGUGAAGGAAGCUUUUGAUGUGUUUGAUUUUAACAAAGAUGGGUUUAUUGAUGCUUUGGAGUUGCAGAGAGUAGUCUGCAAUUUAGGAUCCAAGGAAGGUCGAGAGCUCGAGAAUUGCAGAAAAAUGAUCAGAAGCUUUGAUAAGAAUGGAGAUGGAAGAAUAGAUUUUAGUGAGUUCUUAGAACUUGUGGAAAACAGCUUUUGCUGAACUGUAUAUCCAUUUUGUUUUUCGCAAAGUUAAUUACUAAAUGAAAUACUAACCGCUCAAUACUCGGUAGAACAAUCCAAUAAAAAAAAACGUUCUUUCGGGUUGAAA